CAUGUUGCUCCGCCUUCCCAAAACAUUAACCGAGGGUACAUGUGCCUCUUUAUAUUCUACUUUUUCUAAAGUCUUGCAUUAAAAAAAGGGGGAAAAAAGGCUUCUCAUUCGGGUUUACGAUAACACGCGCACGAGUUUCCCGAUACUCUUUGAGGACUAUUUUUUUUCUCCUGACAACACGUGGAUUCAUUCGCAUUUUAAAGCUCUUUUUGGGGGUUAUAGUGACUGACGCUAACGAGGAGUUUAGAAAAUGGAGCAUCUGCCAGAUAACAACUCUAAAUACAAAGAUGUUGUCUACUGGGAUGAGAGAUACAAGACAGAGCAGUGCUAUGACUGGCUGGGCGGCUUUGCUCAAUUCCAGCACCUUCUGGAAAAAGUCAUCAAGAAAGAAGACUCUAUUCUUAUACUGGGUUGUGGGAACAGUAGCAUGAGCGGUGACAUGUACACAGCCGGAUACCAUGCAAUCACCAACAUCGAUUACUCCUCGGUGUGCAUCAAUACCAUGAGUGCCAGGUACAACAGCUGUUCAGGCAUGACUUGGCACCAGAUGGAUGUGCGCCAGCUCUCCUUCCCCGACGCAUCAUUUAAUGUCAUCCUAGAGAAGGCCACGUUGGAUGCCAUUAUGGUGGAGGAGAAGACACCUUGGGAGGUUUCCCCAGAAACUGCCUGUUUUAUUCAUCAAGCUCUCACAGAGAUUAGUCGCUGCUUGAAACCUGGAGGUCGGUUUAUCUCUGUUACCUUUGCCCAGCCUUUCUUCAGGAAGCGCCUCUACGCUCGCAACGAGUACAACUGGUCAGUUAACCAUCACAGUUAUGGAGAAGGCUUUGAAUAUUUUGUGUACGUAAUGACCAAAGGAGAGGAGCUCAGCCCAGAAGAUGCAGCUCUGGAAAGGAAGCUAUUGGAGGACACCAAAUCCUCACUAGGACCUGCGAGCGUUACUCCCACUCCAGCUGAAGAUAAGGAGGACUUCCUGUCCAGUAUUGACUUAUGACCGACAUAUACAAAAUGAUCUCAGGAGGACUUCACCUUUCAUUCUUAUGCAGACUCAAGACUGUAGUAAUAAGUUCAAAGAACCAAACUUCUCAGCCUUAAAAGACUGUUUUUUCAAUAAUUAUGUAAUGUUUUUAGGUUUCUGGAGACAACAAUUAUGUGUCAUGUGUGUCUUCGUCAACAAAGAAGCCCAGUGUAUCUUUUACGUGACUUUGAGGGUUUGUGAAGAAAUGAAAUCCCUGUUAGAGCUGCAAUUAAUACCAGUAUGUAUUUUUACCAGGUAUUCUAUUUCCUAAUUUAAUCAACUAUUUCAGUUUCUUUUUUAGAUAACCAAGUGCCUUUGGUUGGUAUUGAAACCAAAAAGAAACUUGGAUAAAAGCUUUAAAAACAGUGGGGGGAAAUAAAUGCCUGUAACACUUACUAAAGUGUAAAAGGCAAGUUUAAUGAAAGACUCUCGCCUCUCAGGUAAAAGUAGAUGUAGAGUCAGUAUCAACCACACCUGCAUACUUAUACUGGACGUGAUUGAUGAUAAAGCUGACAUGUGACUCAAAAUCUGGAUAUAAAUGUUCCCCUAAAAAAUUUAACAGAAAGGUUUUAUACCAGUUUUUACUGCAGAGAUGUAUCUUGUAUGAACAAGAUAAGACUAAACAUUUUGAGUGCGUUUAUGGGUCCAGUGGACAGUAAUGUGUAUGUAAGUGACACAGGUGUUUAUUGUGUAUUUUUACUUUGUUAGAAACUGUUUUAUGUCAUGACAGACUUUCAUGUCAGGAAGUAUUUUCUAUAAA